AUGUCCCCAGAUAGCGUAUUAAGUCGCCUCUUAUUUCAGCACCCCUGCUGCGCAAUAUGCAAUUCUUCAUUUCAAACAAAUAAUAUCAACAACACAUGGCAAAAGCAAUAUCGAGUUCUGUUCUGUGACGAUGCGUAUAGUACCAGCUUCAGCGGACUGGGUAUUCGCGAAGCUCCUUUAGGGGGACGCUGGUACGUGCCGAAAGAAUAUGAUGAAACCAAGACCUAUAGCACGAGUAUCAGUCACCCGAGACACGAAUCAAUCUCAGUAGAAGGCGAUAAAGUGGAAGAUAUAUCUUCCCGAUGUGGAUAUAUUGCGCACGAGACCUGCUGGCGCGUCCUCGAGAGAAUAUAUGCCCCACGGCAAGUCCCAUGGGAAUGUUUGUGGAGGACGUUGGCAUCCUUGCAAGGACUGUCAAUGCAACGACUACAAAGCUAUGAUAGAGUAGCUCUAGGCAGGGCUGCAACUACCCAUUUUUCUGAAGAGCUAGAAGUCUUGAUGAAUCAGGAACCUCAGAUACCUCCGGCGCGAGUUACGGAGGUAACGCCGCCCGAGGGUUCCCUCGAUGGUUUUACUUGCCUGCCGGUUGAGUUAAGGCUACUUAUCGUUGGCCUACUGGAUAUGUCGGACGCGCUUAAACUCCGACAGUCGUCCAAAGCUUUUGCAUUCAUCUUUUAUUCUCAGACCUUCUGGGGUCAGAGAUUCGUAUCUGGCCACGAGAGGGCAUGGGUCUUUGGAUUUUCAGACCAACGACCCCUUUCGCUCCCCGACUGGAGGUCUCUAUACAAGCUUACAGGUCAACAUUGCACGCCAGGUCUCCAACGAAUGAAAUAUCUAUGGCCAUUCCUCCGAAAUCUUCAAGAUGUUGUACCAGAUGAGCCAAUCUCAUCUUUCGCUGAGGAUGCCGUGUGCGACUUUGAAUGGAACUGGCUCUAUCUCCCGAGGUUCAUUCGUCAUUCUUGGCAAGUCUCAUAUCGCCAAAAGGUCCAUCUCCCUACUCCAAUGGUGGCGAUGCGCAUUCAUUUUGUCAAAUUUUGUUCACAGUCCGUCGUCGCCGGCAUCACCUUUCGAACGACUUGUGGGUCGACAAGGAAGAUUGGAUACUCAACAUCUUGCUCAAAAACGCUUCAAUUUGAAGAAGAUCCGAUGGGUUUGGACUUUAAAGUCACAGGAGAUGGAAUUAUUGACAUUCAAGCAGCUUAUCCCGAUAAUGCAGAGCCUCUACCGGGUUGGCUAGCUGAUGUUCACCACGUACCUCAGGAUAGGUUGUCUCUCGUCAUUUGUGGAAGAAUUGGCGGAGUAGAAGGGAUUUUUGAUGGCUUUAGGCUACUCGAGCUGAAAUUGUCCGGUAUUGACGAUUGA